CAGUCCGGUUCCCAUCUUCCCACGUCUAAAGAAAGAGGUUUGAUCAGGGGUAUGAAGAAAAAGGGAGAUAUGGACUCCACCGCUGGUGAGGUCGCUUCAGUCACUUUGAAAGCAAGAGAACCUCGUGCCAUUGCUGCGAGAACUACAGUCACCGUCAAACGGAUGGUAUCACCAAAGACUAAGGGGAUCAAAGGGAAGACGACUGUUCCUGUCCGCGUGACUAAUGCCGCUACUGUCAAAUUGACAAUCAAGCCGAUGGUCGGUGGGCAAUUGUCGGGAGAGGUAAAGCCGAGUCAGGUGGAGACGGGGAAAGUCGCCACCGCGAUGGGAGGUGGAAAGGCUGGCAAUAGACGUCAAGCAGACCUCGGGAAGAUGACGAGUAGUUCUCAAGUGACUGAACAGAGUAGGACAAGAGUAGCAGGAAGAGAAGAAUUUACUUUUGUUCAUCCUGCAAGUGAGCAUACUGCCAGAGAAGGUCCAAGCUCGUCUCUCACUUCCGUCACGUGCAGUGGUCUCAAUAAAGAUAUGACAUUGUCUAAAACUAAGAUGAACCCUUCCCAACCUCCUCGUCGAUCAGCUCGUCUCAAGAUUCAACAUACCUCGUAAACAAAGUGUCAGAUUCCAAUUCUCAUCCCCAUGUUGUAAUUGUAAAUGACACACACACUCUCUCUCAUUCAUACACUUACAGAGACACCUUUAUAUGUUACAAGAUAAAACAACAUGCAUUAUAAUGUUUA